UGACCAAAGAAGGUGUGCCGCAUAUAUGGGGUCACCGUCAACAAAGCUCUGCGUUUAAACAAAAGGCUUGCUGCUUCUACCGAGCAUUGCAGGACGUACAGAAUUUUGCAGCUCGUUAGCAAGUAUGAGCCUUCUCAUUGUUCAGAGAACAAUGCCUGUCAGCCGGGCGAUCCUUCGCCAAGCACUUUUUAGAAGUCGUGCCGUAACGUCCACUACCGUUACGACUUCUGCAUCUUCGAUGAUGAUCUCCAAGCGUAGCUCCAGCUCAGGAAAUUUCACACCACUGUGGACUAUGGAAAGGGCCGUUUCCGCUGAUAUUAUUCAUCUAGGUCUCGUAGGGAUCGUUCCUAUUGCCCUCAUGAUGCCGAACCCGGCUACAGAGUUCAUUUUAGCGCUUUCCCUUACUGCUCAUAUUCAUUGGGGAAUAGAGGCAGUAGCCGUUGACUACGCUAGGCCUCGAGUUGUAGGCGAGUUCUUGUCGAAGGUGGCUAUUGGCACUGUCUACGCGCUGUCAUUUGCCACCCUUGGUGGUCUUAUGUAUUUCAACUUCACCGAUGUAGGACUCGCUCACGCGAUUCGUAUGCUUUGGAGCUUAUAAAGACGAUGCGGUACUUAAUUACGUCAUACGCCUUUCAUGAGCCCAGGCCAGCUACACCAACGACGAAAAGGAUAUUAUUGGAUAUGUGCCGACAGAGUUAAUACAAUAGUCGAGAGUUGUAGUUGCUAUAAUUAAACACGACCUAUAUAUUACAUAAUCGUUACAGAUAGAAUAUAACACGUGAACGUCAA